CCAUAUCUCAUUACCAUUCUACUGAUAGUGCAGCCAGUGGGUGUUGCAAGAGGAGGAGAGAAGGAGAGCAAGACAGUGAGCUUUAGAGAGGGACAGAGAGAGAGAGAGAGAGAAGGGGGGUCGGGGGUGAGGACAAGCAGGGAACCAGAGCCAGUGCUAAGGAGAAGGGAGAGCACGAGCACUCCACAAAGAUAACAGGAAACACAGGAGAUACGUGUGGGAGCAGCGUAUCACUAAAAGAAAAGCAGAGACAGAGCUGGGGAUUCAGAGCCUGCAAGUCCAGCGUGCCUGUAGGUCUGUCUGUGUUCCAGCUCGGUGCGUUUCCACGGAUUUCCUGAGGCCGUGGCAGCCAUGGCAUCAGACCCUAGCACCCAGUCCAGGGUGAUGUUCCAGGCAACAGACAAAGCAGAGGAGCCGGCGCACCGCAAACUUGGCAAGCUGACAGUCAAAUACAACCGCAAGGACCUGCAGAAGAGGCUGGAUAUCGAGGAGUGGAUCGACGGGCAGCUGCACCUGCUGUUUGACUGUGAGGAAGAAGAGAUCCCAGAGUUAGAAAUCGACAUAGACGAGCUCCUGGAGCUGUCGGAUGAGGGGCAAAGAACCCGGCUGGAGGAGUUGUUGCAAGAAUGCGGGAAGCCAAAAGAGGAUUUUAUCAACGGGCUGCUCUACAGGAUAAAGGGUCUACGUAAAAUGUCAGGUCCACUGAAGAAAUAAUUGUAGGUCAAAUUAAGAAUGGAGACAAUGUGGAGCCGCUCAUCUUCCCGUCCCCCCACGCAUUAACCAUUUGGAUGCCUGUAGGUGUGGAUCAGAGGGACUAUAUUCCUGCCCCCUGCCUCCUCCUGCUGGGUCAUCAUCAAUGUAACACCAGAGCUGUGGGGCUUUGAAUUGAUUUUUUUUUAAUGUUAUUUCAAAUUCAUUUAUAGACUGCUUCAACAUUUUGUUUCCCAAUACCAUACCAAUAACGUACACGUGAUACAAGCUGUACUGACUAUUACUCAGACGGACUGUUUCUUGUGUAUGACUGUACAUUUUUAGUUGCUUAUUUAUGUACAUAAAUAUUUUUGUUCAGAUAACAGUGUUGUCAAAAUGUAAAAAAAGAAAAUAAAAACAUUUCAACAUUU